AUGGCUUCAGUGGACGAUGUGCCACGGGAUUUGGAGGGCUCCUUCUUGGCCAAGAAGGAGUGGCAAUAUCCAGUGGAGGAUAGGUCUGGAUGGCUGCCAGCGAAUGCACAGGAGUUGGCAGACAACCACCCCUGGACACGCCGCGCGGUUGAGAAGAACCCUCGUUUUCCAGGCUACGUGCCGCCCGAGGCGUUGUUCUGCUGGACGGAGCCAGACUUUGCGAGCUACAUCAACAGUGGUGGUUUCGUCAAGCCCAAGCUGAGAUGUCAAUACUACAUUUCCCCAGAGAAUCCACAGACCAUCGUGGACUUGUUGGAACCUGUCCUUAGCGAACUGAAUUGGACCUGCACCGUUGACUCCAAGACGGGGCGUGAGGAGUCCUUGUCCCAGGUCACAGAUUACAUGGGUAUGCCAGUGCCGACGCUGAAGAAGCAGGCCGAUGGCUCCUUAGAAGUGGUGAAGCCACGGGAAGACAUCGCACCCAUCUUCAUCUGGGAAUCCAGCAGGAACAUGAUCGAUCACGCGCCCACCUUGAAGUUUCGCGGCUUGGUGAACCGCCUGAGUGGAGUGCACCACUUUACCAAGGUGGGUAUGCUGGAGCUGGUUCGCGAAAGAUGUAUUGAGAGAGAUAUUCCGAUCAACUUUCCACCGCCCUGGUACCCUCUGACCUUCGCCCUGCCAGACGACUUGGAGCAGUGGAAAAGGCAUGCAGAAUCGAAUCCGCACAAGAAGUGGAUCUACAAGCCGAAUGCUGAAGCCAUGGGCCGUGGCAUUAUCCUUGUCUCCAAAAUUUCGGAUGUGGACUCUCGAGAGCGUCCCUUCCGCACCAGGUGUAAAAACGUGGAGGUUUUUGAUCCCAAGGAGCCUCCCUUGAAGGAGCGAGAUUUUGCGCAUUCUGGGGUCAUCCAAGAGUACAUGGUGAACCCUUUGCUCCUGGAGAACCGCAAGUUCGCCGUGCGGGUCUACAUGUUGGUGGCGCGAACCAAUCCAAUGCUGGUCUUCCACUACAACUUCGGCUACAUCAAGCGCUGUGGCCAGUACUAUGACGAAAACAAGUUCAAUCGUGAAGAUUUGUUCAGACACGUCACCGAGCAGGAGUUUCAGAAAAAGCAAGAGGAUUUCUACGAGACGGCGGCUGCCGAGCUCAUGUCUCUGGAAGAGUUGGACAGGUACCUGCAGGAGAACUAUGGUAUCCCAGCGUUCCGCUUGAACUUCUGGCAGCAGGUGAAGUCCAUCUGUAUGGAGAUCACCUUAGGCAUCAAGGAGGGCACGGAGGGCAUUGCGGAGAAAGGAAAGCUGGGGCAGUUCGAGGUCUUUGGACUGGACGUCAUCGUGGAUGCGGAUCA